UAGACGCAGAAUCACUGCAUAGCAGAAGGAGCAACAGGCAAAGGCGCUCAGACACCUGUGUAAUGUGAAGAUGGCAACUUUGAGGAAACACUACGUUGUGAGAAGAGAGGUGUACUCUGAGGACAGCUUUGAAGAAGAUCAUAAUAGAAUCCACAGGGUGCACAAAACUAUCCUGGACCAUGUCAAAGAGUAUCUGACUUGGGAUUCAAAACGUGCCAAAAAUGCCGUACUCUCUCUUCUGCCCAUCAUUGGCUGGAUGAGGGUCUACAGAUUUAGAGAGUGGCUGUUGGGGGAUGUGGUAUCUGGGAUCAGCACUGGACUGGUGGCUAUCAUGCAAGGACUGGCGUUCUCUCUGUUGGCCUCGCUACCUGCAAGCUACGGACUCUACACAGCAUUCUUCCCUGUGCUCACAUACUUUUUCCUUGGUACCUCAAGACACAUAUCUAUAGGUUCCUUUCCAGUUCUGAGCCUAAUGGUGGGCACUGUAGUGGACCGUCUUGUCCCAGAGAACAGCACAUCAGUCAAUAUUACAGACUCUGAUCUGGACUCGCAGAGAGUCCUGGUGGCCUCCUCUGUCACCUUCCUCAUGGGGGUUUUCCAGCUUGCCAUGGGUGUUCUGCAGGUGGGCUUUAUUGUUGUGUACCUGUCAGACACUCUAGUGUCCGGCUUUACCACAGCAGCAGCCGUACACAUCGUGGUUUCCCAGCUCAAGUUUGUGUUGGGGUUAGUUGUUCCAGGCAUCAGUGGGCCGCUCUCUAUCAUAUACACCCUGGAGAAAAUCUUCGUCCAGAUCACCUCUGUAAACAUCUGUGACCUGGUCAUGUCGAUUGUGAUUAUGGUGAUUGUGUUCAUAGUGAAGGAGCUGAAUGACAGAUACAAAGCCAAACUGCCCGUCCCUGUCCCCAUAGAAGUCAUCAUGACUGUCAUAGCUUGUGGCAUGUCGUACGGCUUAAACUUUAAGGACACGUAUGAUGUUGACGUUGUUGGCACAAUGGUCCGUGGGUAUGAAUCUCCAAUUGCACCCAGUAUGAAAAUCUUUCAGGAGAGUGCUGUGGAAGCCUUUCCUAUCGCCAUAGUGGGGUUUGCUGUUGCCUUCUCUGUGGCCAAAGUCUACUCUGUCAAACAUGAUUAUUCUAUUGAUGCCAACCAGGAGCUCAUCGCUUUUGGGGUUAGCAACAUAUUUGGUGCAAGCUUCAGGUCUUUUGCAGCCAGCACGGCACUUUCCAGAACAGCCGUCCAGGAAAGUUCAGGAGGCAAAACACAGGUUGCAGGAUUGAUCUCAGCCCUGAUUGUUAUGAUUGUUACUCUUGCUCUUGGAUUCCUGUUGGAGCCGCUUCCCAAGUCUGUCCUGGGUGCCCUGGUAAUCGUAAAUCUGAAGGGGAUGCUGAUGCAGUUCAGGGAAAUACCGUACCUGUGGAGGAGAGACAAGCCAGAAUGUGUAGUGUGGAUAGCAACAUGCUUGGCUGCCAUCCUGCUGGGCCUGGACCUUGGUCUGGCAGUGGGCUUGGGGGUGGAGCUGCUUACUGUUGUCUUCAGGACUCAGUUUCCACGUUGUUGUGUCUUGGCUAACAUCCCUGGGACUGACCUCUACAGAGAUCGCAAAGACUACCUGAAUAUUUUUGAACCAAAUGGAGUUAAGAUCUUCAGGAUACCCUCUCCCAUCUUCUUUGCCAACAUUGAGUUCUUCAGGGAAAAGCUUGUCGAGGCCGUCGGAUUUAACCCCUUGAGAGUUCUGAGGAAGAGGAACAAGGCAGAGAAGAAAAUCAAGAAACUGUUGCUGGAAGAGGGAGAACAUGUUACAGAGGGAGGUGUGCGCCACUUAUUUUGCCAAACAUCCGACGAGUCCUGCAUGAACAUGGAGAAGUCUGAAAAGUCUGAUGUCCUCAACGGCCUUCCUUUCCGGAUAGACUGGAAUGCUGAGCUUCCCGACAACAUCAGUGUUCCUAGAGUGGACCUCCACAGCCUGAUCCUGGACUUCUCUGCUGUCUCAUUCCUGGACAUCUCUGCUAUGAAGGGGCUCAAAAUGGCAAUCAAAGAGUUCCAACAGAUUCAAGUGGAUGUUUACAUUGUGUCGUGUGAUGUGUACACCCUGGAGAAACUGCACGCCUGCAUGUUCUUCGAUGACGAGAUUGUGACGUCCAUGUUCUUCCCGACCCUUCAUGACGCCAUGCUGCACGUACUCGGAAAAAACGAGGGGGAUCACAGUAAAGGCAGAACGAUUAAAUAUACCCAACUGUAGAAGAGCUGCAGUCUUGAGGAGCGUGUGAACACAAGGAAGAUUCAUCUACUGAUGAUAAA